GAAGCUCCGCCCCCCGAGGCCCGGGGUAGGGUGGCGGCUGGCUCAGCAGCCCUGCCGCCCUCUGCCCUGGGCGCUGGGUCGGAGCCGGCCGGGUACGGUGGGACCGGGCGAGCGCAGCGGACUGGGACUUCAAGGCGAAGAUGGCGUCAGGCAGACGCGCUCCGCGCACCGGGCUGCUGGAAUUGCGCGCCGGGGCGGGCUCCGGGGCGGGAGGCGAGCGGUGGCAGCGGGUGUUGCUCACUCUGGCAGAGGACGCGCUGACCGUGAGCCCCGCCGACGGCGAGCCCGGCCCGGAACCCGAGCCCGCGCAGUUCAACGGCGCCGCUGAGCCAGGCACGGCGCCCCCGCAGCUGUCAGAGGCUCUGCUGCUCCAGCGGCGCCGCGUGACGGUGCGCAAGGCCGAUGCCGGCGGGCUGGGCAUCAGCAUCAAGGGGGGCCGGGAAAACAAGAUGCCUAUUCUCAUUUCCAAGAUCUUCAAGGGACUGGCAGCUGACCAGACAGAGGCACUCUUUGUUGGGGAUGCCAUCCUGUCUGUGAAUGGUGAAGAUUUGUCCUCUGCCACCCAUGAUGAAGCGGUACAGGCCCUCAAGAAGACAGGCAAGGAGGUGGUGUUGGAGGUUAAGUACAUGAAGGAGGUCUCACCGCAUUUCAAGAAUUCUGCUGGCGGGACCUCGGUCGGCUGGGACUCACCUCCUGCCUCGCCUCUUCAGCGUCAGCCUUCUUCCCCUGGCCCCCAGCCCUGGAACCUCAAUGAGGCCAAACACAUAUCCUUGAAGAUGGCAUAUGUCUCGAGGAGGUGCACUCCCACUGACCCGGAACCCAGGUAUCUGGAGAUCUGGGCAGCAGAUGGCCAGGACACUCUCUUCUUGAGGGCCAAGGAUGAGGCCAGUGCAAGGUCAUGGGCAGGUGCCAUCCAAGCCCAGAUCAGCACUUUCAUACCUUGGGUCAAGGACGAGCUGCAGGCACUGCUGACAGCCACAGGUACAGCUGGGAGCCAGGACAUCAAGCAGAUUGGCUGGCUGACAGAACAGUUGCCCAGUGGAGGUACAGCCCCAACCCUGGCCCUGCUGACAGAGAAGGAGCUGCUCCUCUACUGCUCUCUCCCCCAGACUCGAGAGGCCCUGAGCAGGCCAGCUCGUACUGCACCGCUCAUUGCCACCAGGCUGGUGCACUCGGGCCCCUCCAAGGGCUCAGUGCCCUAUGACGCAGAACUCUCCUUUGCCCUGCGCACGGGCACCCGUCACGGUGUGGACACUCACCUGUUCAGUGUGGAGUCACCACAAGAGCUGGCAGCCUGGACCCGACAGCUGGUGGAUGGCUGUCACCGGGCUGCCGAAGGUGUGCAAGAAGUGUCUACAGGUGUGCCAGCCUGCACAUGGAAUGGUCGUCCCUGUAACCUCUCUGUGCAUAUCGACAAGGGCUUCACACUGUGGGCAGCUGAGCCAGGAGCAGGCCGAGCAGUGCUGCUCCGACAGCCCUUCGAGAAGCUGCAGAUGUCAUCAGAUGAUGGCACGAGUCUCCUUUUCUUGGACUUUGGGGGUGCUGAAGGAGAGAUCCAGCUGGACCUGCAUUCAUGUCCGAAAACUAUGGUCUUUAUCAUCCACUCUUUCCUCUCCGCCAAAGUCACCCGCUUGGGGCUCUUGGCCUAGAAGUCGUCAGAGGCACUAGCCCUGAAGAGGAUCAUUUACCCCGUGGCUUGACUUGUCCUUCUGCCGACUGCCUACUCAUCUUUGGGCUGAGGGAAGGGAGAGGAGGGGAACACGGGCGUCAGAGACCAGCCUGAGGAAGGCCGGCUUGGUCUUGGGGUAUGGGAUUCAGACCUGGGACAGUGGGUGUGGCUUGCGAUGGUCAGCCUUCCUACUGUUCGCCUCCACCAGUGCCUUUUGAAGAGAGAUAUUUUGUGUACACAGAAGCCAUUCCGACCCUGGGACCUGCCCCCUGUGGGGAUUCUGUCCCCAGCCAACAGCAGAGCUGCCAGGCCUCCUGGAGGCCCCAUACGCCACCCCUGAGAUCUCUGCAGCUGGAGUUUUCUGGGUCAGUGACAAGAGGAAGAAGAGGAACCUUUCUGUUCACUUUCCCCUGAGCCCCAUGGGGCAUCUGUUUUCUCUUCCUCUCUCUCCUCCUUCCUCUUGGAUAAUAAACAGCCUGUGAGCACAGAGGCA